AUGAAAAAGAAGAAGGAGAAGAAACCACAUGUGUUUGAUGGAGGUAUGGAUGAAGAGGAUGAGGAAGAUGAAACAGAUGCAAAGACCGGCAUUACUGGCACGCCCAUGUCCAUCACGCCCUCCAAGAAAGGCAAGGGCUUUGGCCAAGGGAAGAGCAGCUCACUCUCCUCAUCGCAGCUCCUCCAAAGGAUGCGGCAGAGGAACAGGGGCAUGGGUAUGGAAUCAGAAGGAGAAGACAGUGAUGGCUAUGACCCUGAUUACCCCUCUACUGCACCCGUGGAAGAGGAGGUCACUGACCCAGAGGUCAAGGAAAACAUUGACCUGCUCGCUGACAUUCGCAAUUUUGUUGCAUUCCAAGCUAGAGUUGAUGGGAAAGCCUCUACACAGGAGAUCUUAGAUAGAUUCCAAGAGAGGCUGCCUGCUGAACAAACACCAUUUUUCAAGGCUCUGUUGACGGAGAUUUGUGAUUUCCAGAGGGAGGCAGGCGGAGAAGGGUUGUGGAUACUGAAAGGAGAGUUCAGAUAAUUCACAAGAGCUCUCUUUUUUUUUGGGGGGGGGUGGGGGGGGAUGCAAUUAUUGUUAAAAAAUUGUUUUUUGUUAUGGCAGCUAAAUUAUUUUUCUUUGGAGCUUUAAAAUAUGGAUGUGUAUGUCAUGUCUGCUUUUGUUUUUGUACUUAUUUGUCAGAUUGAAGCCCUGGAUUAUUUUGUUUAAAGGAAGCAUCUUAUUUAUAUAUGAAAUUUGGUCUUCAAGUUAAUUAGAAUACUUUCCAGAAGGUUACUAUACUAGAGGUACACAUCAGUAUUAGUUAUACUUUUUUACUUUUGUAAAUAUGUAUAUAUUGUACAGAGAUGAAGGUGAUCACAUUUAUAAUUAUAUAAAUAAAUAAAAGUAAAUAUUUCUUCA